AUGUUCAAAUUUUUAAACUGUGUUACUCAAGACCCCUCUUUCCUACAGACUGUUACAAACAGUUGGGGACAACAUGCACAAGGUACUGCUAUGUUUAUAUUGUGGAGCAAACUAAAAAGGAUCAAAUCUGCCAUAACUCCCCUCAUAAAAAAGUUAGUGAUAUCCAAGAACAAAUUUGCACGGAAAGACCUUAAUCAAAUUGAGGAGAAGAUUUUGAUGCAACAAUCGAAAAUAACAUGGCUUAAAUUGGGCGACAGUAAUAACUCUUACUUCCACACUUUGGUUAAAGAAAAGAACAAGCAGAAGGGGGUUCACACUAUCACAUCUCUUCAAGGAGAGACACUAUACCAACAUAAAGACAUUGAGAGAGAAGUUUUGAGUUUCUAUACCAAUCUCAUCUGCACUAACGCAUCAGAACUAAAGGGCAUAGACAUAGCUGCUGCGAGGCGAGGAACGACGAUUUCUGUAGAAAAAGCUCUUCGACUUAUAAGGCCUGUUGAUGAAGGUGAAAUUUGGAAUGCUCUGAAUUCUAUUGGUAAUUGUAAAGCUCCAGGUAUAGACGGUUUUAAUGCACACUUUUUCAAGACAACAUGGUCUGUUAUCAAACAGGAUGUUAUAUCAGCCAUACUUGAAUUUUUCAGCACAAGCAGAAUGCUCAGAGCAGUAAACUGCUCUUUAAUCACUUCAAUUUCCAAAUCAGAUGCAACCACUAUCAUAAAGGAUCUGUGA